CAGAGAUCAUACUGAAUCAUCUGAGGCCUUGACUCAAACUAUCAAACACAAACACUUGUUGUUUUUCCCAUUGGUUCAGCCAGCUGAAGUUUGGAGACUACAUAAGACAGGCCGACUCUACCACUGUACCUUUGUGAAGACGUGUAAGUGGACAAUGAGGGUUGUUGUUGGUUUGCUGUUGUUGCUGCUGGCUCUGUGUGGGUCAGGGGCUCAGGGGGAGGGUGGAGGCCUCGGACAGGUGGGUGAGAUCAGCCAGUUUCAGGAGACAGCUCCAAGAGAUGCAGCUGAGGAGUCAACCAAGCAGACCACAGAGCAAACCACCACUGACAUCUGGGCGGAGGUGAGGGCACUGAGAGACAUGGUGGUGGAGCUCAAGGUGGAGCUGAGGAACACGGAGGCCAGAGUGAAGGACAGUGAGAGCCAGGUGAAUGACCUGAAAGCUGAGCUGAUGGUCACCAAGGUGCACGUGGAGCUGCUGCAGAGAGAGAACUCUGUCCAAGCCACAGACCUAUUAUCUUUGGGAACUAGACUGACUGCCACCGAGAGCAAAACAAGUGACCUAGAAAAAGAGAAUGCAGACUUACAGACCAGACUGAGCAGCAGUGAGAGUGAACUUCUCCUCAGCAAGUCCAGGAUUGACCAGCUGGAGAGAGAAAAUACAGAGAGACCAAAGGUGGCCUUUUACACAGCUCUGACUGAUGCAGGACCUCUUGGACCAUACAACACAGACAUCACACUGAAAUACAGCAAAGUCUUCACCAACAUUGGCAAUGCUUACAAUCCAGCUACAGGUUUCUUCACAGCACCAGUCAAAGGGGUCUACUAUCUCCAGUUCAUUGUGUGUGGUAACCUCCGAGGUCUGAUGGGUGUGUAUGUGUACAAGAACAACCAGCGCAUCAUGUACACUGCUGAGUGGAAGGAAGAAGAAGGUCUUGAGUAUUUCACUAAGUCUGUUGUCUUGGAGCUGAUGGCAGGAGAUGAAAUUCACCUGGUUCUCCCAUCAGGCUAUUCUGUCUAUGAUGAUGCAAAUAACCACAGCACCUUCAGUGGCUCUCUUCUCUUCACACUGUAACGAUGUUGUUCAGGCUGCUGUGUGAUUGAUUUUUGAAUACACUGUGAUAUAUCUCUGCACUCCUGCCUCCAAGACAAACAUCUGUACAUUUACUGUAUGUAUCAAAUAAAGUGAUUCUGAAUCUGA